GUUAAACUAAUAUAUUAAAAUAAUAGCAAAUUAAAUACAUUUUAAAGCUAAUAAUGUUUUACUUGAAUUUCCGGUCAUUUGGGAAAAACCACUAACACAUAUUCAUAGGUGCAAACAUGGGGCGUACCAUUAUUCUAUGAUUUGCUAAAUUUACCUGCAGUUUACGUCUGCAGGAAUAAACAGUAAGAUUAUAUUAUAUUAUGCUUAAAUCAGUAUUUUUUUUAAAUUCUUUUUUUAAUAUCGUGCUGUAGCGGUAAAUAAUUUAAUACUAUUUUACACCGUUCUUUUGAACAUUUAAAGCACAAAGACCAUCAAGCCACAUGUACAUUAUGUUACCCUUCAAAUUUCUUCUGUAUAUAGUACAAACGUUAGAACAUUUUUGGAUCAUACUCAUUCACAAAGUCAUUCUUACAAAUACAUGCUUUGCAUUAUAUUCCUUCUUGUAACAUAUUCCACUAUUUAUACUAAAUUUAAAUAGUGACUCAGAGACGAUGCUUAAUCCUGUAGAAAUGAUAAAUCUCAUAAACAUCAGUCAAGCCCAAAGAGCUUCAUUGAACCUCAUUGUGAAUGAUGAUAGCUUGGGCUCCCUUGUGUAAUCUACCUGUAGCAUCAGUAUAACCCUCCAUAGCCUUGUUAGCAAUGCAAUACUACCAUCACCCCACUCUCUCUGCCUUUGCUCCUCUUUCAGAACCCAAAGCCUUAAAUCACAGCACUAAUCCACGUGAACAGUAUUUUUAACUUGCGUUAGGACAGAAAGAACAGCAAUAGGAUUAGAGAGUCAGUGAAGAGGCUGAAUCCCUAACUCAUGCAGUUGAUCUUCUUGCACAAUGAGAGACAAGCUCAGUAGUUCGUUUUAUCUUUUUUUCCCAACCUGAAAGCAGAGGAGGACUGUGUUUUGCUUACAUGGAGAACCUUUACAGCCUUGCUGGUUUUCCUUGACUUGAUUUGAUGUGUCAAAAACCCUUUCUGCCGGCCGGUCUUCCGAGAAGCUGUCACCAUGGAGGCUAUUAAACCUAAGCUGAGAGUGCUGAAAAAGCGUCGCUCCAGCCUUUUUGCGACCAUAAAACGGGAAAUCAGCUUUGUACAAAGCAUUGAGGAACAGGAGGGCGAGUUCCCCUUUUCGCAGGACAGCUCUGUGAAACCAUGGACGUCUAUGGACAACCUCGAUGCUCCUGAUGGGAAAAAGGGUGCAAAGACCAAAUCCAAGAACGUCCCCAACCCAAGACAGUCCAACAUCGUCAAUCUUAACGUGGGUGGGAAAGUGUUCCACAUCCCCAAACAUCUGGUCCUCCGAUACCCCAAAACCAGGAUUGGUAUCCUUGCCCUCUGCAACGAUCCAGCCAAGCGUCUGACACUCUGCGAUGAUUACAAUGUGCGCAACGACGAGUUCUUUUUUGACAGGGACCCCAUGUUUUUCCACUACAUAUUUCACUUUUACUGCAGUAACGUCCUGUGGGUUAUGGACAGUCUCUGCCCGGUCAACUUCGAGGAGGAGCUGUCGUUCUGGGGACUGAAACUCAGGGAUACUCCAAGGUGCUGCCGGAUUCUGUAUGAGGAGAAACUGGAUGACAUCAGGGAGCAACUAAAGGUCAACCAGGAGCUAAUUGACGAAAUUAAGCCUCAUAAGGAUGACGAGUGCUACGAGACCAUGUUUCUUGGAGACUUUCGAAAGACCCUCUGGGACCUGAUGGAGAAUCCCUAUUCGUCACUGUCAGCCAAAGCGUUUGCUGUAUUUUCCAGUCUCUUCGUGCUUAUUUCGAUUGUUGCCAUGACAAUGAAUACGGUGAAAGAACUCAGGCAGUACCAAAUCGCUGGCAGGACCUACAUGGAAUGGAUAGAGAUUUUCUCCAUCCUGUUCUUCACCCUGGAGUACUUCCUGCGGCUGGUCACCACCUCCAACAUCAAACAUUUCGUGAGGAGUGCGCUGAACUUUGUGGACAUGGUGGCCGUCAUGCCCUACUUCAUUCAGCUCCUUUUUGAAGCGUUUAUCAUUGAUGCUGAGGACAUGAGUGCCCAGGAGGAUUUGAAGACCAUGUCGAGGGUCAGCAAAGUCAGCAAGGUGCUCAAGGUGGUCAAGCUGAUGCGCAUCUUCCGUAUCCUGAAGCUUGCCCGCCAUUCCACAGGCAUGAGGGCGUUUGGUUUCACCAUUCGCCAGUGCUCCGAGCAGGUCUGCUGCCUGUUCCUGUUUAUUGCAAUGGGCAUCUUCACCUUCUCUGCUCUGAUGCACUCUGUGGAGGUGGACCAGCCUGGGACGCCUUUUAGCAGCAUACCAGACGCCUGGUGGUGGGCAGCGGUGAGCAUCUCCACCGUGGGCUACGGCGACGUGGUGCCCAUCUCGUACCUCGGCCGCUGCGUGGCCUUCAGCUGCAUCUCCUUCGGCAUCAUCCUCAACGGCAUGCCUAUCUCCAUCCUGUUCAACAAGUUCUCCGACUACUACGCCAAGCUCAAGGAGCAGGAAUACACCUUCUCGAACAGCGAGCGCACCUUCCAGCUGCAGAAACGCCUGAAGCGCAGGUUCGGCGGCUGCAUCGAGCAGCCGCCGGACGACUCCGACGACGAGGUGCACUACCGGCCCAGCGGGAGGCAAAGCGUCCACUUGAGCGAGGACUGAGAUCCGCUGCGGACCCGCCGGACCUUGUUAACCCCAAAAGGCUUCAUCACCCGUGGCUCUGGAGGCAGGACGACCUGAUUUGCCUCCGGCUCUGAGCCGUUCUGAAGGAAUCAGUGGGAGCAACAAUAACCUGAGAUGCGCUUUGCUGUUGUGCGUGGUGCGAUGACUCACCUGUGAAAUGGACACGACGCUCCAACUACCUGUUCCCAACCAGCUGCAACUCAUUUAAACCAAAAUAUGAAAAUAGUAUUACUCACUCUCUAUUGAAAGUGCUAUUAUUGAUUUACAUUUAUUAUAUUACACUUUAAUUUUCAUUAUAGACACUCAAUAUGACUUUGACUUUGAAUCUUCUGUAAAACCUUUGAGUGGCCUGUCAAUCAUCACAUCCGACCGCUAUCCUCCAAAAAACAAAUGCACAAACAGGACUCUCUCAGAAUAACGCUUUCUACUCCACACAUGACUGGAGCCAAGCUCUACUUUGUGCCAUGCAUCAUACGCCAGCACGGUGUCAUUGUUAUAAAAAGCACGACUUCUUAUGUUUUUUGUCCAGUCAUCAGCACGCGCUUGACUGUACCUAAAUAGGAGCAGAGCCUCAGCCGGUAGCGAGCCAACGCACGAGUGUAAUUCUGCUGUUAAGGAUUACGAGGAUUUGCGCCUGCGCCUCCCGCCUGGUCAGACAAGGGCAAAAGUUAAUCGUGUCCAGUGCUAUUUUAGUGAGGAGGGAUCUGAUCAGGUGCAGUCGGCCGUGUCGAGCGAAGUCCGGCAGGAAAACUGAGAUUACACGGUGGCAGUAGUCAACCAGCAGAUUAGUAGCUGGCUCCGCCGCUGCACAGAGUGAGACCUGAGCCCGAGGCGUCCUCGGCCCCGGCUGCCGGCUGUGAUGGGCGUCGUCACGCAACUUCCUGUAAGACGUGUGUGCAAUGGCCUCUUUUCUGUGCUGUAAAUAUGCAGAGAAAGUGUUGAUUUACAGGAACAAGUAUGAAAAUAAAUUAACGUGCAGGUUUGAACUGGACCUACAUGUUGAAAUUUUAUCACUUUAAGUGUGUAUUUGUAUGACUGUGAUAAAAAUUGCAGAUUGUUUAUGAUAUAUACUUUGUGUAUUGUUGAUUUACUUUAAUUACCUUUCAGAUGUCUGUUACCCAGUUGCUGUUCAGAUAAUAAAAAUAUUUCAUCUAUUCUAUUUCUUGUUUAUGAGAUGCAUCAAAACCUACAAAGGCAACACAGGCUGGAGAUGAUGUAAAACACAGAUUAGGUUACAUAUUAAAACAUUUCCACUUCCCCUCGUAAUAGAAUAAAGCUGAAGUCUAUGUC